AUGGUCAAUGCAAGACAUAUAGAAGUUCAAUUAAUUGGGGACCAUUACGGCCAAGUAAUUCCAAUAUUUACCCGUGAUUGUUCAAUACAGAGGCGUUGUCAAAAAAUAAUAGAAGAAGCCCCAGCAGGUAUUGCCUCCCCAGAAAUUCAACGGCAAAUGCAAAUGGAUGCGGUCAAUUUGGCUAAAAAAGUUGGUUAUGUUAGUGCUGGGACUGUUGAGUACAUGUAUCUACCAUCAGAACAAAAAUAUUAUUUUUUGGAAUUAAAUCCACGUUUACAAGUAGAACAUCCAUGUACUGAAAUGGUUGCAAAUAUAAACAUUCCAGCUAUACAACUUCAAAUUGCUAUGGGUAUACCUUUACAUAGAAUAACUGAAAUUCGUCUUUUUUAUGGAAUGGAUAGAUAUGGGUAUAUGUUUUAUUUUUUAUAA